AUGGGUAAGUGUACACUAGAUUUCAGGUGAUGAGCAGAUCAUUUUAAGCCACCUUUUUCCAGGAUUCUUAAUGGGAAUCAUCCGAAUGUUUCGUCAGCGUCGUGGCAACACAGUGUCGGAUGUGGAAGGCGAUAAGUACAUAGAAGCCGCUCAUCGCGAUCUCUCUUCGUAAGUUUAAGCUCAAGUUGUACAUCUUUUCACAUUAUGAAAACGUUCAGUUCAUUCGUGGAGCAUCACAUGCACAUCGCCCAGCUCUCCGAAAAGUUCUUCCACUCGCACAUUGAUAUUGUCGAACCGAACAAAUCGAAGGGGCUGAGCAAACAGGACGCGGCUCAAAAGUUGAAAACAGACGGACGGAACGCUUUGUCGCCGCCGAAAACCAUCAGCAACAUGGAGUUGUUCGUGCGGCAAUUCAAAAAUCUUCUGUGGGUGCUCAUGUUCGGAGCGGCGGCCCUUUGCUUCUUGACCUACAUCUACGACCCGACGGAUGCUCUCAAUCUGUACGUCGGAAUCUUCAUCGUCGCCAUCGUCUUCAUCAUGUGCGUCGUGUCGUUUUUCGAGGAGAAGAAGGGAGUGGCGGUGGUGCGUGCGUUCCAAACUCUCAUGCCCACAUCGUGUCAGGCGAUUCGAGACGGAAAGGAAGUGAUUCUGAACCCUGAAGAGCUUGUCGUCGGAGACGUUGUAGUCGUGCGGUCCGGGUGCAAAGUACCGGCUGACAUAAGGAUCAUCGCGUGUACCGACUUCUUCCUGGAGACGAGCUCAAUCACCGGAGAAGCCGAACCGAUCGAGUUCAACGCGAAGACCGCCGACACCAAAGUAUCCAUCUUCGAAUCGUACAAUAUCGCCUUCAACGGAUCGUUCUGCGUCGACGGAGAGGGCUACGGUAUUGUGGUGAGAACCGGAGAACGCACAGUGAUCGGACAAAUCGCGUCUCUGACUCUCGGACAGAAAGAUCACAAGUGCAAAUUCGAAACUGAGAUUGAGCGAUUCGUGCAAUUCAUCACCGUCAUGGCGAUCACGAUGGCCACCAUCAUCUUCACGAUCGGAAUCAUCGUCAACGGAGGACACAACGUCAUCCGGCUCUUCGUCACCGGAUUCUUGAUGGUCAUCAUUGCCAACGUGCCGCAAGGACUUCCGACCACAGUCACCACCGAACUGACGAUCAUCGCGCGGCGAAUGGCGAAGAAGAAUGUGUUUCUGAAAAAGUUGGAGAAGAUCGACAGCGUCGGAGCGACGACCGUCAUCGCGUCGGACAAGACGGGAACUCUCACGAAGAACUGCAUGACGGUCACCGAUCUGUGGUACAACAACUCGUACAACAGCGCUCGUCCGGAGAACACCGGCAGAACGACGAAGAAGCGAAACCUGGACGCGCUGAACACUCUCGGAUGGUACGACGCUCCGCUCUCCGACAUUCUGAACGUGAUCUGUGUUUGCAACAAGGCCAGAAUCGAAAACAAUCUGACGACCAAAAUACGUCCGCCAAGAAUGUAAGCGGAUCAUUUUGAAGGAAAGUCUUAAAACAUGCCGGUUCUUGAUUUCAGCGACUCGGAACUUGAUUUGACCGCCUACCGCGGACAGCCAGUCAAGGAAAUGCUCAUCUCGGGAAAUCCGUCCGAGGUGGCACUUCUCCGAUACGCGUCCGGAAUGCUGGACGCCAGAGAGGUCCGCGACAACUUCCACAUCGUCUUCGAAGUCCCGUUCAACUCGGUGCGAAAGUUUCAUUUGAUCCUGGCGACCACCGAGAGCACUUGGGACGAGCUGGAGGAUCGGAAGCGGAAGAACGCCGACGUGGAGUUCAUUCUGAUGAUCAAGGGGGCGCCGGAGGUGCUCAUCAAGCAUUGCUCCACAGUGAACAUUGAAGGAGAGUCGAAGGAGUUGAAUGAGAAGAGGAUGGACGAUUUCAACGGCGCCUACGAGACGUUCGGAGAUGAGGGAUGUCGUGUCAUCGGAUUCGCGUGCAAGAAGUUCCGUGCUCCCGCCUCCUCCACAUUUUCAAUCAAAUCGAGCACCGUGCCGAUGGACGGAUGGGACUUUCUCGGCAUGAGCGCCAUUAUGGAUCCUCCGAGGGACGACACCCCGAAGGCUAUCAAAGCUUGCAAGGAAGCUGGAAUCAAGGUGUACAUGGUGACCGGAGACCACAAAUCAACGGCCACCGCGAUCGCCCGCCAGAUCGGAAUGAUCGACUCGGAAGACGUGACGAAUCUGGACCACAACCGUCAGGUGAUCAGACGGACCAACUCGCAGGACUGGGCAGUGAUCACGGGACCGGAACUUCCUGGACUUAAUGAAAAGCAAUGGGACGCCCUCCUCGAGCAUCGCUACAUUGUUUUCGCUCGAACGACUCCUGAACACAAACUGAUGAUCGUGACGGAAAGUCAGAAGAGAGGAGAAUGUGUGACGGUCACUGGCGACGGAGUUAAUGACGCGCCCGCACUGAAGAAAGCGGAUGUCGGCGUGGCGAUGGGUGUGGCUGGAAGUGACGUGGCCAAGCAGGCAGCUGAUAUUAUCCUUUUGGACGACAACUUCUCCUCGAUCGUGGCCGGAAUCGAGGAGGGACGUCUUCUGUUCGACAACCUCCGAAAGACCAUCGCCUACACCAUGACCCAUAUGUGGCCAGAGCUGGUUCCCGUCAUGCUCAACUUCUUCUUCGGAUUCCCGCUCGGCCUGACGCCUGUCCAAAUCCUCUCUAUCGACCUGAUCACUGACAUCCCGCCGGCCGUAUCUCUGGCCUACGAAGGUCCAGAAGCCGACAUCAUGCUCCAACCGCCACGCAAGAAGGAAACGCAUCUGGUCACGAAGGGACUCAUCACCUACACCUACCUAUUCAUGUCCAUCUUCAUCUCCGUCGGCGGCGUCGUCGCCUAUCUUCUCUCCUACUACCUGAACGGCAUCCGUCCGAUGGAGCUCGCCUUCUCUGCCAACGAGCACUUCAAAGUCGGAGCCACCAACUUCACAACUGGCACCGGAAUCGUGUUAUCCGCCGAGCAGCAAGUCUACAUCGCCGCUCAGGGCGCCGCUGCCUUCCACAUCGCCGUCGUCGUCGGACAAGCGUGGCAUUUGUGGAUGUGUCUGACGCGUCGUGUCUCGAUCUUCACGCACGGAAUGGCGAACAUCGUCGCGCUUCUCGCAGUCAUCAUCGACCUCCUUCUCAUCUGUCUCUUCACGUUUGUGCCGGGCGUUCAGUACGUCUUCGGCUCCCAACCACCGCCGUGGCAGGUAAGCACUACUUUGUGAAGUGUACAAUAUUCAGCUAUAAUGUAUUUCUCUUUCAGUGCUGGCUUGUCCCGACGGUUGUCGGCAUCUGGACUUGGAUCUUCAACGAGAUUCGCAAGUAUGGCAUCCGACAUCAUCCGAAGAACAAACUGGUUCGAAUGACAAAGUGGUAA